GGCCACGUUUUAACAGCCACAUACUUCCGCCUUCAAUUUUAAGCUUCAUGGUAUAAAGACCACGUGUAGCUCCCGGGGGUCGAGUGGUAAUAAACAUUACGAUCUCAACAGCACUGAGGUGAAUCAAAAGCGCUUGAUUCACCGUCGUCGUCCAGCAGCCACCCACCAUGUCUGACCCUGAACAUCUCCCUAUUCCAUCUGCACCACCAUAUGGUGACUAUGUCGAGACAACACGAGUCGUCAGCACCCCAGCUGAUGAUUUUGCGCCCCCUCCUGCGCCCCGUCCAGCCCCUCCAUGCUCAAAAACUCGUACUUUCCACAUGGCCGUCGCUAAUCACGACUAUGACCUUGUUUCUCAUUUUCUGACUUCGACACCUCCUCUAGCAACUCCGAACUCCAUCUCCUGUUCCGCCAACACACCUCUCUUUACUGCCGUUCGCGUUCGAGACAUUAAAAUGGCACGACUUCUCAUCACUCACGGCGCCGACGUCAACGGGUGGAGCUCGCCCCUCUACACCGCUGCGGAUCCAAACUUCAAUUUAUCUUACGAUGAUCUCAAUCUAUGUUUAUGCAAUGCUGGCGAAGGAGUCAAGUAUGCAUUCUCGGCUAUGCAGUGCGGGGAGCAGAUCGUAUCGCAUUGGCUUGAUGUGGGACUUGUACCCCGUACUCCUCUCAUGGAGGCCGCAUCGACAGGUCAGAUAGCGAUGGUAAAGCUCCUCAUGAAUGAAUAUCAAGCAGACGACACCCUAGUUUCGCCUGAUGGUCAGACUGCUUUGCGACUCGCCGCUGCAAACAAGCACCGCGACAUUGUGGCAUUCUUGCCCGCCAGACGCCUAGGUGCUUUCAAACGGAUUAAAUUCCGAUCAAGAAAAGCCAUGAGACGUGUCAAAGCCAUCGCCUUGAAGCUCUAUGACAUCGGCAAGUUCUUCGUUUGGGAUUUGCCCAAAUUCUUUCUAUGGACCAUUCCCAAAGAGAUUAGCUUGUGGAUUUGGCGUGGACUUACGUGGAAGAACUUUAUCCGCGUCGGGAGGUUCUUCUUCUGGAGAGUACCGAAAUUCUUCCUCUAUCAUCUCCCCAAGUUCUUCCUCUGGGAUGUUCCCAAAUAUUUCAUCACCGAGUUCCCAUGGGCCAAAUUUGGCAGAUUCCUACGGGACACUGUGAAGGACGUCGCCCGGUGGUUUUGGGAGGACGUCAUCAAGCAAAUUCCUGGGUUCUUGAAGCGAAUGGCGAUAAGAGUGUAUGACCUCCUUGCUACUUUCGUGAAUAGGAUACGGGAGGUCGUCGAGAGAUUCUUUUCCCUACUGCACACCAUUGCGCUAGCCGUCUGGACGUUCCUGAAGGAGGUCACUCUUCGUGAUGUAUGGAACGCGAUAUGCGAUCUCUGCAGAGCGAUUUUCAGGAACCUGCCGCGAGCGGUAUGGGAAGGGAUCAAGGCCGUGUACAGAGUCCUGAACAGGACAUUCAGAUAUACGCUAGAGAUGGCAUGGGAGGUGGCGAAAGGCGUGUAUAGGGUGGUGGUAUAUGUUCCAAAGCAACUGCUGAGGAUAUGCAAAGAGGUAGGGGCUGUUGUUGUGCGCCUUGGGAAGGAGGUAAUCGUGUGCGUCCGGCCGAAAGUGAUGCUAGUGUGAUUUGGAUCGCGCAUUGAUACGAGAGUGCUUUUAAUGUGCACUGUGGCACAGCCUGUACGAUAGUGAUUUGUUUUGUUGUACUAAUAAACACUUUUUGAACCCUC